AUGCCGCUUCGAGUGUCAUCCCGGCGGCCCGCGGAAGCGCACACCCUGAAGAAAACCCCCCCUCAGCUCACCGCCGUCGGUUCGGGUUCCCCCUCCUCCCCGCAAGUAUCCACCCCUUCCGCCGGUCUCUCCCCGCAAGUCGCCGUCCCCCGCUCCGCCUCCACCUCCGCUUCCACCCCCGCCACUCAUUUCUACUCCGCCGGGCGGAGCUCUCCGCACUGCUACCCCAGCAGCGCCAGCGGCAGCGGCAACAACAGUACCAAUAAUACCUCGAGAUCCGCCGCUAACAGCCCGCAGCGUACGUUCUCCUCCGAUGCUGCUGCGUACAUCACGUCCCCGUCCCGCCGCCGAACCUCCUCACCAGCCUCGGUAGCAAAUUCUCCCGCCGGGCCCGCCUCGUGCAAGGGCCGGGCGAGCCGACUGGAGUGGGCCGAGCCGAGCUCGUCAGGCUCGGCAACACCAGCAGCAGCAAGCGGCGGGGGUGGAGGAGGAGUGCGAGCAGGAUUGGGAGUUGCAUCAGCGGCAAUUAACUCGUUCAGUCCGCGCGUGGGCAGUGCCGUGAACGGUGCGGUGACCGGGAGUACCAAUGCUGACGGCAGCGGCGGGCGCAGCAGCACGUACGGCACCACCGCGCCUUCCGUAGCGAACGGCGCAGCGGACCCCUCUGGCCCCUGUGAGGGGAGCGCUGCUCUGUCAGACAAUCCCGCCCCCUUUCCCUCUUCCGCUUCCGCCUCCGCUUCCCCUUCCCCUUCCCGUUCCGCCAAGCACUGGCCGCUCGCCACCCUUGGACUUUCCACGUCAGCUGAUAACGUUGCUGUUGCGGCCUCUCCAUCUGCUGCUUCCGCUGGUGGUGCUGGUUCCUUCAGUGCAAGCCAUAUUGGUACCAGCAGUCCGGUAUCAGGCCGUCUCUCCUCCACAUACCGCCCUUCCACGCACCCCCAAUCCCCCAUCCGCCCCUCCGCUGCUUCCCCGUCCCCUCGCCCUUCCGCCGCGUCCCCCUCCCCGCGCCCUCCCCCGUACCGCCACGGCUGCAACUCCGCCGCUAUCCGCUUCUACGUGCGCGCAUUUCUGCACCUGCUCUGGUCGCUUGCCGCGGGUUGGGGGCUCGCGCUGGGGUCCAUGGUCGCCUCCCCGCGGGGGAAAGGCGUGGGCGCGCACGCGCGCCCCGCGGGCAGGCGCGCGCAGGCGUACCGCGGGGCUGGCGGAUUCGGGGCGGGAUGGGGCGCGGGGUUCGGGGGAGGGGGUCUUGGCGGAGGGUUUGGGGGGUUGUGGGGCGGGGGAGGAGGGGGCAUAGGAGGAGGCGGAACGUUUGGAUCCCUACCCGUGAUUCUAGGACUGGUGGUGACGUCGCUGCUGCUCCUGAACCACGCAGCUCAUAUAAGGCAAUCCGCGUUAGAAGCAGCCACGGAGGGCACGAGCCGGUCGCGGUUGCUCGCGGCGCAGCAGCAGCGCGCGGCGGCUGUGGCAGCGGCAACCGCGGCGGCCGCAGCCGCGUCAGGAGGCAAGGGGGCAGCAGGCGGGCGAGGGUUGGCUUUCGAGGGGAGAAUGGGCGCAUCCGCGAAUCUAAACCCAUGUGUGGACGCGGGUGGUGCGGCUGGUGGGGGAACAGCAUGGCGGCAAGGGGGAGGAGGCAGCGUGAGUGGGAGUGGCAGCAAGGCGGGGGGUUAUGGGCGGCUUAGGCGGCUUUCUGACUGGUUUGGGUCGCUGGUAGGGUCCCGGACAGAUGCUGCUAUGGAAGAGGAAGAUGAGAGGCGUAUGGCGAGAGCGAGGAUAGGCGACCAGGAAGCAGCAGGCAGCAGGGCGGGUGCACGAGCAGGGGGGGGCGCAGGAGCAGGGGCAGGGGGAGCGGAAAGGGUAGAAGGGGCAGGAAACGGAGACUCUGAGAAUUCCGACGAUCCCUCCACUACUUCUGCUUCCUCCGUGCCAUGGUUCCCGCCAAUCCCGUCCUAUAUGAGCACGCCGCCUAUAGUCAUCUUUGCAGCGCCAGAGCCUUUCUCCACGGAACCCAGGGAUCCCCAGCUGAUCGCCCUGCGCUCCUGGCUGCACCUGGCACCAGCUGUCCGGGUUGUCCUAUUAGGCUGCGACGACAGCCUGGUGCGGGCGGCAGUGCAGCUCAGUGCCGCCCUGCCGGGGGCGUACCGGCAGGGGGGGUUUGCGCCAGUGGCGGCGGAUCUGGAGGUGGAGUGUAACCUGUUUGGCGUGCCGCUGUUAGGAUCAGUGCUCCAUAGAAUGGCUGUGAAUCUCCAACGCAUGCAGGAUGCAGACCGCCGCCCGCCGUCGUGGAUGGCCGCAGGCGCCAGCUGGCAGGUGGGCAGCGCGGAUGAGCUGGCUCUAGAUCUGGUCAUGGGCAUGGCCGCAGCAGCAGCAGGUGGUGGAGGAGGCGGAGGGGGAUCAGCCGGGGGAGGGGCAGGGGGAGCGGGAGGGGGGGAAGUGGAUUUACCCGGGGUAAUGGGAGAGGGGGUGGAGGAUCAGAGGGUCCUGGAGCGAAUGGCGGAUGGCGGAGGGAUGGAGGGGGAAGAGGAAGGUGGAGAGGGGGAGCAGCAGCAGCGUAUUGGGGGGGAUGGCCAGGGGAAAGGCUUGGGGGGCACAUCAGCGGGGGAUUUAACCGAGGAGGAGAGGGCGUGGGUGCGUGUGCAGGGGAGGGUGCGGCAGCGGGUGAGAGGCGGGGGGGUGUUGCAGACGCGAGGGGCAAGUAGCUGGUGGGCGUGGGGGGGAGGCGCGGCUGCUUUACGCUGGUUUGCGUCCUCUCCCCGCCCGGUCCCGCCUCUUGCGUUUGGGCAUGGGACGCUGUUUGAUGCUUGGAUCACGGCGCGCAUGGUGGCGGUUGGCAGGGGCGUUGCUGCAGCAGCAGUGGCGGCAGCAGCGCAACGCACUGCUACAGCCACUGGCGCCGCCAGCCUCCAUCCCUCCCUCUCACUCAACCCACACGUGCCCUCCAAUGCUCACUCACGCUCCGCCCUUGUCUCACCAUUUUCUUUCUCUGCUACAGCCGCAGCUGCUGCCGCCUCAGCAGCAGCAGCCGCCGCCGCUUAUACCGCCUCGUGCCCUCCUCCCUUUGUCGACGCCAGCGACGUCGUCACGUGCUUCCACCUGGCGUCGCGGGAUUGGGUGCGGCGGGUGCUGCCUAAAGGACGGCCGUGGAGCACAGGAGCAGUGCAGGGGGGCAGGAAGAGGAGGACUUCACAAAUGGGCCGAUGGGAACCCGCAGCUAAUGAGUUCUUACUCGCCACUGCUGGGUGUUUUGGAAAUGGGACCUGCGCAGGGGAUGGCAUGGGGGGGGUGGUAGGCGCAGGGACGCUGGUGGGGAGGGGGGAGGGGGCGAGGGGGAGGAGAGGGGGGGUGAGUGUGGGGGAAGAGGAGGCGGCGGGUGUGGCGAUGUGGCUGGGAGGGGAUGGGAGGGAGCUGGCAAGGAAGAAUGGCACGGCGCAUCAUGGCACAUGGUCGCUCAUGGCGUGUGCUGAUACCAGUGGUGAGCGCAUGGCGUGUGCUGAUACCAGUGGUGAGCGCAUGGCGUGUGCUGAUACCAGUGGUGAGCGCAUGGCGUGUGCUGAUACCAGUGGUGAGCGCAUGGCGUGUGCUGAUACCAGUGGGCGACACCACCCUCAACGCCCACAACCGCUGGAUCUGCGCUUCCCCCGGCAAAAAAAACCCCCCCUCCUCUCUUACAAAUUCUCAAACGUCUCUUCUCUCCCCUCUCCUGUCCCUUUCCUCCCCCAUCCUCCUCUCCGUUCCCCCUCUCCUUUCUCCCUUGCUCGCCCCCAUCCGCUUGCAGCCAAUCACGUGUGUCUGAAGCCGCGCCUCCGUCCAGCCAUCUGCGCAUGUGACCUCGCGCCCUUCACGCCCGCCUCACAGGGCGACACCACCCUCAACGCCCAAAACCGCUGGAUCUGCGAUUCCCCCGACGACCCCUCCUUUCCCAUCUCCCCCUCCCACGCACCGCACCCCACCGCUCUCAUCGACCCUGCUGCCGCCAAGGCAGCCGCUGCAGCCCCGGCGAACGACCGUGCUGCUGCGUCUCUGCUCAGGCAAACCCCCGUAGUUCCCAUGGAAGAUGUGUUACCGCUCGUGGCCCUGCGGGAACCGGGCGGAGUGAAAGUGGUGGUGCUGGUCGCGGUAACCUUUGGCUACGCACACAUGCUCAUGAAUUUCUACUGUAAUCUCCGUCGCCUCGGCUUGGGGAACCGCCUUGUGGUCGCAGCCCUCGAUGCCGAUUUGUACCGGUUUGCCUUCUCCCAAGGCCUUCCGGUGUACUAUGAAGGGCCGGCGGCAGGGGGCGGCAGCGCAGGGGGGGUAAAGGUCGGGGAGGAGUCGUGCGAGUAUGGAACGCUGUGCUUUAAGAGAUUCACGAAGCUUAAGUCGCGAGCGGUGCUGCGUGCUCUGCGAGCCAGGUACUCUGUGUUGUGGACCGACGUGGAUAUUGUCUGGUUCUCCGAUCCUCUCCGAGACCUGCUCAGGUUCGGGCCCGGGACGCUGCCGAUCCAGAGCAACGAGCCGGACGCGGCCCGGCCUCCGCACGGGAAGAGGAGGAUUAAUUCCGGGUUUUACUUUGGGAGGAGUGACGAGGCGACUAUUGCUGCGUUUGAGGCGAUCGUAUCAGCGGCAGCCAAGACAGAGUUGUCAGAGCAGCCUAGUUUUUAUGAUGUGCUGUGCGGGGAGAAAGGGCAGAAGAAGGUGCGUGGGAAGGCGCAGUGCUUGUGGAAAGGCAUCAGUGUGACGAGUGCGGGCGGCAAGCAGAAGACAACACCAGUCGCUGUUCGGACCAUCUUUCUUGACAGAAAGAAGUAUCCCAACGGGGCUGUGCACGGGUUUUGGGACGCGGCGAACGUGAGCGAGGCGUGCCAAGAGGCGGGGUGCGUGAUUCUGCACAACAACUGGAUCAGCGGGAGGGGCAGCAAGGAGAGGAGGCUGGCGCGGCAUGGGUUCUGGCAGUACGACAUUGACGGGAGGAAGUGUUUGGACCGGCCGUUGAGCGAAGAGCAGCUUGUGGCAGAAGAGGAGGCGAGAGCGGCCGGGAGUGGGUUCGACAGUGCUGAAGGGAAGAAAGGAAGUUGA